UUGAUGGGAGCGGACCGCAUGCUUCAACAACCGCCGUCGUAACGCGAAAGCUGGUUGCACUUGAAAGCCGGUUUCUUCCUCACCAAGGGUGUGGAAACGGACGCACACACAGUGCCGAAAGAGAGGAGGAGGAGGAAGGGAAGGAGGAGGAGGAGGAGGAGAGCGCGACGGGAAGGGAGGAGGGGGAAUGAGAGCGAGGCAGAUACGAGGCGCAAGGGGAAUCCUCUUGCGGAAUGUUGGGCGCAUUUCUGGGGCCAUCCUGAGGCCUUUGGGCGGUCGUCGCCGCGUCAAUGCAGCGCGAGCCUACCCUAACCGCGUACGCGUACCCAGACCUCCGUCGCAAUGUCUGUUUCAAUACAAAUCAGACGUCGGAGGUUUGGGUAUGCAGUUGAGGCAGGGCUUCUUCUGUAAUUCCGCUACUCGGUCAAGCCGAGGGCGGUGGUAAGACAGCCAGCUCUUCCGAGGUGCUAACCGUGGUCAUCCCAUGGCUACUUCGUGGCUGCGCCACCCUGCUAGACCCUGCAACGCGGGACGCCAUGACCAGGUGCACGCUCCCUGCAGGCAGGCUGCGGAGGACGACGGUGCCGCAGAGGGAAGGAACAAAAAAAACCCAAGCGAAAGGGCUGUGGCGCUCAGGCUGCCGCGCUCACGUGCCCGGCGAAGGCGCAGACUGGCCAUGUAUCUGGAUCCUCGCCCAGCGACCCGUCUUCGCCCAGGGUGUCCUGCAGGAUCUUCUCCACGGCGCUGUCCGCCUCCACGUCGAAGGAGUCAACGAUGCCCUGCAGCCUCUGAAGCAUGUCCUCGGCGUGGCCGCGCGCGUGCGCGCAGGAGCCCAGGCUGGAGUGCCGGUGCAGGCCCACGAGGCCGUCGCGCAGGCGGCGGCCCUCCAGCUUCGCGAGCGCCCUCCCGAGCGCAGACGUGGAGGAAGAACAGGCGGCAACAGAAAACAUAUCAAACGCUCGACGGUCUGCACGGACUUCCUGGGCCGGCGCUGGCCCCCCCCUCCAUGGCGCGCGAGGUGCGCCUCAUGGGGAUGCGCCGGAGGCGCGCCGCGGGGGGACGGCCCAGCGCCGACCCGAGGAGGAGGAGGAGGAGGAGGAGGAGGAGGAGGAGGAGGUGCGCGCACCUCCAGACUGCAAGAUGCGCAAACGCCUCAAUGGGGUGCCUCGGAGGCCAAUUCCACUUCGAAUUGGGGACUGGAUAGAGCACUGCGCAAGGAGGCGAAAAGAACGACAGCGUUUCUGGCGCAAGCCUGAGGAGAGAUAUGGGGAGGUCAGAGGGGCGAGGGGAUGGGAGAGGGGGUAGGUGUUGAAGCUCGAAUGCUCUUACACGCCGAUCUUGUAGUCGAGGUUGCCAUGGUAGUCGACGACCUCGUCGACAAUCCUAGCGAGCUGCUCGUGCUGCUCCAUUAGCUUCUCAAGGCAAGGCUGCUGAACUAAUUUCAAGCAUUUUGCAUGGCAAUCCGUGCUGGUCGCAAUCCACUUCAACGCCUCCAUCUCGUACUCAGAAUCGCCUAUCGAGGAAAUGUUGCGUCGCACAGCCACGCCUGACGGGUCGGCGGCGCCGUAAACCUCGCGCACCAGCUCCUCGAAUGCGAGGCACUUCCACCUCGUGGGCUCGAAGAAGCCGGGCCUCUCGUGGCGCGAGCGCGCCGAGACGAUCGUGACCCCCGCGAGAUGCGGCUGCAGGGAGGGCAUGAUCGCCUCGCAGCUCAUCUCCACCCAGCCCUGCUCGGCAUUGGUCACGAUGGCCACGCCGCCGCGCCUCUUCGCCGUCUCGAGCGUCACGGCGGCCAGGUCCGCGAGGGCCUCCAGCUGCGCGUCCUGCGCCGGGGUGAUCACGCAGUCCUCGUCGAGGAGGCCCUGCUCUCCGAGCCAGGUGGUGGGGAAGAGGGUGUCGUCCCAUUCGAAGAUCACGAGGUUCUCGCACGCCUGCGGCGGUGCGGGCUGGCUUCGAUCGCCCGCCUGGCGUUCGAGCGACCCCUGCGCGUCGCUCCCGAGGUCAGUCGAAACCUCGGAGCCGUCAACGUCGUCCUCCAAAACGAGAGCGGAAAUUUUGCACAUUACGUGGACGAUAAUAACUUGCAAGUCGAAACUCGUGAAUCGUGAAUGUGGCUAGGUGUGGAAUCCCUGCCGGAUCUUGAGCC